GCCUUUCACUUCCUUGGAAUUUCCUCACACAACCCUUGGUAAUGUAUGUAUACUGUACUUCCUUUGAGAUUUGGUUUGCACAUGAUUGUAUAGUGUAUAUACAGUCUUCUCAAUCUAGUGACAUCUUGGUUCAUUAUACUGUUCAACGUCUCUGUCAAGCGAUUCUUAAAACUUGCAGGCCGUAUGAUUUUGUGUCCUUUAUUUCUGCUCACCCUUUUUCAGUAUUAGCUUGUGCAGAGUAUGCUUGCAGGUCAGUCAUUGCAAGUGGUGGCCCAUCUUUCUCAUAAACCCUUGCUGGAGUGCCAAGAACUUCGUGUUCCAUAUGAUAACACUUCACAAUUUGCCUCCAUUUUUGUGGUCAGCCAGUUGAACUAGUCUGACAAUACUAGGUUUUUCACUUGGAAUCCUAGCAACCUAUUAGGAACUCUAGUGCAGGUAGGUGGGGUGAGCCACGCACUUAAACUUCCUGCAGUCUUUGUCGUUAUACUAGCCCAUCCCCUUUCUUAUAAGUUGGUACUGUAAGGAUAUUCAUUUGUCCUAGUGGAAUCUGCAUGUAAUGUUGAUCUGAUUGUUUUCAUCACAUCAUGUAAGUGCUUGCUUAGUCACAAUCUUGUAUCACACAGGUCAGGAGAGCUCAGGAAAAUGUAAGCUUUGAUAACAUUGUAUGCAGCUGCAGUAAAGUUGGAUUUCAAAGGGCAGAUGCCAAUUCGAAUAGUUAUCUCUCAGUAACCAGUUCUCAGAAGGAUUUGGAAUCUUUAUAGCUACUGGGCAUCUUCUGUGAGUGAUCGGUAACAAAAUAUGGAGCUGCAGUGACCCAGGGGAUAUGGACAUCUAUUUUGGCAAUGAUUUUUAUUAUGAUUUGCUGUUCUUCCACUUCUAGUCACAGUAUUUAAAACUUUCACCCUUGGAAACUGAGGGGUUUGGGAGCUCCCUAUGAUUUCGAAGGUUUAAAGAAACUUCUUUGAACUUUUAUAUUUGUAUAGCUUUGUAAGAUAUGUACUUUAUUACUAAACUGUUAUAGAUUAAUACUUGUACUUUAAAGCUUCAUUCAUUGCAGGGAAGUACUGUAUCUACCCUCUAACUACAGCAAUUAUUUAAGUUCUUGAUCAACAUUCAGAGAUGUGUGAGGUGGUCACUUUCUGUCCAGUGAGUUAGAAGACUUGACCAUCUGUAGUAUCACUGAAAGUAACUGGGGAAUGGAGACUGACAUUCUAUACAGCCAAGGCCUCUUAGUCAGAGGAUUUGUUUGGCCUUGGUUAUAACUUGAGUAUUGAUUCAUAGCUUCUGGAUUUUUGAGUGCCUAAUAGUAAGUAUGCAUUUUUUGCUUUACUUUCAGGAAAAGCUAAUUCAAAUGGCCUACUUCUGGUGGUCACAAAGCUCCCCCAAAAGGCAGUACCUACAGCUCCAAUAUCCCUGAAGUUAUCCAGUGGGUGGGAAGUUUACUGCUUUGUCAAGGCUGAAGCAGUUAAGUGGUUCCUUGCUGACGUGUCUCGUAUUACAGCUGUAGACUCGCCAGAUUAUGUGUACUACUGUAGUGGAAUUGUUUACUGAAUAAAACCUUGAUUCUGGUUACACCGGGUUUACUUCAAUUUAUUCAGUAAAACAAUUCAAUCGCCAUGGAACGGCUUCUACGCCCUCCUCGGUUCGAGGUGGACCCUGACUCUGCCCAGGCCGCCAAGGAGUGGACACACUGGCUGAGGACAUUUACAAACUUCGUUCAAGCAGUGCAGCUGACUACCCUUACGCUUGACAAACUGGUUCUUCUCACUAACUAUGUGGCUCCUAAUGUGUAUGACUUUAUUUCUAAGUGUGAGACUUAUGAGAAGGCUGAAGAGGUUCUGACAUCUUUGUACGUGAAACCAAAGAAUGAAAUAUUUGCUAGACAUUUACUUGCCACUCGCAGGCAAAACUCAGGUGAGUCCCUGGAUCAGUUCCUGCAGGCACUGAAGCUACUUGCUAAGGACUGCCAAUUCAAAAGUGUAACUGCGGAGGAAGCGUGUGACAGUUAUGUUCGAGAUGCCUUCAUUAAUGGUUUGGUCUCGUGUGCAAUACGCCAGCGUCUGUUGGAGAAUAGGACACUGAACCUAAAUACUGCUUAUGAACAGGCCCGCACUCUGGAAAUGGCCCAGAAGCAUUCAGCCUCCUACUCUUCAGCAGAACCUGUCAAUGCUGCUGUGUCAGCAGUGAGUCGAGAGGAGGAAUCAUCUAGUGCUGAAAAUAACAGUGAGUCUGUUUCUGCUUCUACUUCUGGUGCUCGAUGUUUUUUUUGUGGGAACAGCCGGCAUCCCCGGACUCAGUGUCCUGCUAAAGACGCAGUGUGUUUGAAAUGUAAGAAGCAAGGGCAUUAUGCUAGGGUGUGCCGCUCUGUGAAACAGGUGAGUGGCUCUUCUAGCCCAAAACAUUCCGCAGCAAUGCUAGCUUCAAUAGUGGGGGCCUCCCCUAAGUGUCUUGAAAAAUCCAUAACACCUCUCAAGCUUAAUGGUAGCUCUGUCAGUGCCCUUAUUGAUACUGGGAGUUCAGAUAGCUUUGUGCGUCAUGAUGUAGUGGACCUAAACAAACUAACUAUGUCUCCAGAGCAUAGAAAAGUCUAUGGCUGAUGAAUCCCUGUCCUCAAACAUCUUAGGUCUGUGCACUGUGGACUUGGAGUUGCAAGGAGAGACUUAUCACGGUGUUGAACUCAAGGUGUUACAAAGCUUAUGUAGUGAUGUGAUACUAGGGCAUGACUUCCUGAGGAAACAUUCUGGUCUGGAAAUGGAUUUUGGAGGAGAAAAACCUCCCUUGAAGAUAUGUUCACUAGGUGUUGUUAAGGUGACCCCUCCUUUCCUUUUCAAGAACCUGACACCAGAUUGGAAACCAGUGGCUAAUAAGUCAAGAUUAUGCUCCUUGAGUGACAAGAAGUUCAUUGAAGCCGAGACUGAGCGUAUGAUGUCGGAAGGAAUAAUAAGGCCUAGUAAUUCUCCUUGGAGGGCUCAAGUGCUGGUGACAUCAGGGGAGAAUCAGAAAAGAAGGAUGGUUGUAGAUUACUUUCGUACCAUAAACAGGUUCACUGAGCUUGAUGCCUACCCCCUGCCAAAUAUCGACGAGAUGGUGAACAACAUUGCACGGUACAAGGUGUUCAGUACCUUAGAUCUGAAAAGUGCUUACCAUCAGGUUGCAAUAAGAGAAGGAGAGAGACUGUACACUGCAUUUGAAGCUGGGGGCAAACUUUAGGAGUUCAGUCGCAUUCCAUUUGGAGUGAAAAAUGGAGUAGCAGCUUUUCAACGUGUGCUUGACGAAAUCCUUAAGAAAGAAAAAGUAAGUGGUACUUUUGCUUAUGUUGACAAUGUUACUGUGUGUGGUGAGACAGAGGAGGAGCAUGACCAGAAUUUACGGAGGUUUUUGAAGGUGGCUGAGGAGUACAAUCUCACUCUAAACCACAACAAGUGUGACUUCAAAGUCAGAUCCAUUAAAUUACUUGGGUAUUCAGUAACGGAUGGGGAAAUCAAACCCGAUCCGGAACGCUUGCAACCACUGUGGAAUCUUUCACCCCCUAAAGAUGCAGCUUCUCUUCGCAUGACCAUGGGAUUGCUUGCACAUUACUCGAGAUGGAUACCAAAAUUUUCAGAGAAAAUCCACCCUCUCACACAAGCCAAUGGUUUUCCUUUGUCCACUGAAGCACUGCUAGCUCUCGGGAACUUGAAGAAAGACAUUGCUAGUGCGGUGGUAAUGGCCAUUGAUCCCUCCUCUCUUUUCACUGUGGAAACGGACGCCUCUGAUCAUGCGAUAGCAGCUACUCUGACACAGAAUGAUCGCCCAGUGGCUUUCUUUUCCCGCACUCUCACUCGCAGUGAACAAGGACAUUCCUCAGUGGAAAAGGAAGCUUAUGCCAUAGUGGAGGCAUUGAGGAAGUGGAGACACUACUUAAUUGGACACCACUUCAAGCUCAUCACUGACCAAUGUAGUGUAAAGUUUAUGUUUGACUCUAAAUCAAACAGUAAAAUGAAGAAUGACAAAAUAGCAAGGUGGCGAGUUGAACUCUCAUGUUUUCACUAUGACAUAGUAUACUGUCCAGGAACAGAAAACAUACCAGCUGAUGCUCUCUCCCGCAUCUGUGGUGCCACUACUUCUGAUAAACUCUGAGAACUUCAUGAAAUUCUAUGUCGCCCUGGGAUAUCUCGCAUGAUGCAUUUUGUACGGGGGCGGAAUCUACCUUACUCAGUAGAAGUAGUGAGGAAAAUUACCACCGCUUGCCAAGUGUGUUUAGAACUCAAACCUCGAUUCAUCAAAUCCUCAGGACAACUGAUCAAAGCAACCCUGCCUUUCGAGAGGUUGAACUUAGAUUUCAAAGGCCCAGUUCCCUCUCAAUCUAGAAACAAGUACCUCCUCACUGUUGUGGAUGAAUUUUCAAGGUUCCCGUUUGUUUUCCCUUGUGCAGAUAUGACCACUAGAACUGUCAUCAGUUGUUUGGUGCAACUUUUUGCUUUGUUUGGCAUGCCAGCGUACAUCCACACUGACAGGGGUGCAUGUUUUAUGUCUGAAGAGCUGAAGGAUUUCCUGAUGAAGAAAGGUGUUGCUACCAGUCGCACUACACCUUAUAACCCUAAAGGGAAUGGUCAGGCUGAAAAAUAUAACGGAGUUAUAUGGAAAUUAUAUGGAAAACUCUGACAUUAGCCCUUAAGACAAGGAACCUUGAUGUGUCUCAGUGGGAAACUGUUCUCCCAGAUGCUCUCCAUUGUAUACGCUCCUUGUUGUGCACUUCCACGAACUGUACACCUCAUGAGUGUCUUUUCCUGCAUAGUAGAAGGUCCACCACUGGCCAAUCGUUGCCUACUUGGCUCAUUCAAGGAGGGCCUGCUCUCCUGAGACGCCAUGUAAGAUACAGCAAGAACGACCCCUGUAGAGGCGAACCCCGAGUAUGCUCAUGUGAAGCUUCCAGAUGGUAGGGUGACUACGGUUUCAUUAAGACAUCUUGCUCCUAUGGCUAGUGACAACCGUGAAAGUACAGAUGCUGGGGGUCCUGUAUCUCAGUCCGAGGUUCCUGAGGAAUUGUCAGUUGCAAAUGCUCCUCAGGAGAUUGCACGCGGUCUCUCCCAUGUGGAUAUUGCUUCUCAGCAUGACACUCUUCAGGAAUCCUGUACAGUCCCUCAACAGGUAGCCUCACCUCCUCCACUUCAAAGGUCAGAGAGAGUGAGGCAACCUCCAAAGUACCUUCAGGAUUACUCCAAGUGAACUUAACUGAGAAGGGAAGAAUGUGGUAAAAAUAAACCUGUUUCAUAUUAGUGGUCUCUAUAGCUUUUGUUACUUUUGUGAUUCCUUGCUGAUGUGUCUCGUAUUACAGCUGUAGACUCGCCAGAUUAUGGUACAAUGCUUGAUUCUUUGUAUAUGUUACUUAUGAUGCCCCUUUGUAUGUUAUAUGCUUUGUGUAUAUUCUUGGUUAUACUGUCUUUCAUAAGGAGUGUGAUUUAUGUACCUUCUUAGUUAACUCAAGUGUUUAUUUAUGUUUAUGUCUGUGUUCAACAACGUGUUUUUUAUUUGCAGUGUACUACUGUAGUGGAAUUGUUUACUGAAUAAAACCUUGAUUCUGGUUACACCGGGUUUACUUCACUGCCUUUUGGGGGAGCUUUGUGACAAGACAAACUACCACUGCCAAAAGACAUCCUCUUCCAGUUUGAUCAAAGCUGAUAAAGUGAUCCAGUUAAUAUAACAGGACCGAAGCACACUUUGACCCAGUCCUGUUAAGUACAGCAGAGGCAGUCUAGUAAUCCUGUGAAAUAUAGCUUUGGAGUUUGUAUUAAGAAAAUCAGAAUAUGAUUGCCUUAUCA